AUGAAGCUUUUUAUGGGCCUCCUGUUCUGCUCCUUGGUCCUGGGAGUCAGCAGUCAGAGCUGGUUUGAAUUCAUUAGCCAGGCUUAUGAAGGAACCAAAGACAUGGUGAGAGCCUAUAUGGACAUGAGAGAAGCCAAUUUUAUAGGCGCAGACAAAUACUUCCAUGCCCGGGGGAACUAUGACGCUGCCCAAAGGGGACCUGGCGGUGUCUGGGCUGCUGAAGUGAUCAGUGAUUUCAGAGAGUCUUAUCCAAGAGUCACCGACUUCCUUAAGCAUGGAGACAGCGGCCAUGGAUUGGAGGACUCAAUGGCCGACCAGGAAGCCAACAGAUGGGGCCGGAGUGGGAAAGACCCCAAUCACUUCAGACCUCGUGGCCUGCCCGACAAGUACUGA